AUCUCACUUCUGCUAUGUUGAAGCAGUCUGUUUUCAGACAUUUCCAGCAUUCUCAUCUUAUAGUGCUGAAAGAAAAUGGUUCAUGUUGUUUUUUUCUGCUUGUGUUUGAGCAAACUGGUUGGUGUGUUUGGUGAUUCAGUGUCAGUGAUGGAGGGAGAUUCAGUCACUCUAAACUCUGAUCUUACUGAAAUAGAUGAUGAUCUGAUUCUGUGGAGGUUUGGAACUAAUAACACUUUAAUAGCUGAAAUCAAUGUACCGGAUGACAGCAUGACUGUAUAUGAUGAUGUUCCUGAUGGGAGAUUCAGAGACAGACUGAAGCUGGACGAUCAAACUGGAUCUCUGACCAUCACAAACAUCACAACUGAACAUACUGGAGAUUAUGAACUACAGACCAACAGUGUGAGAAAGAGUUUCAAUCUCACUGUCUAUGCUCGUCUGCCUGUUCCUGUCAUCAGCAGUAACUCUUCACAAUGUUAUUCAUCAUCAUCAUCUUCAUCAAAUUGUUCAUUGGUGUGUUCAGCUGUGAAUGUGGGUCAUGUGACUCUCUCCUGGUACAAAGGAAACAGUUUAUUGUCCAGCAUCAGUGUGUCUGAUCUCAGCAUCAGUCUCUCUCUACCUCUGGAGGUGGAAUAUCAGGAUAAAAACACCUACAGCUGUGUGCUGAACAAUCCCAUCAGCAACCAGACUCAACAUCUGGACAUCACUCACCUCUGUCACACAUGUGCAGGUCCGACAGAGCUGAUAUAUGUGAUUAUUUACUGAGCUGAUCUCUGUCUUAGAUCAGACUGAUGCAUUCACUUCUGUCUUUAUCAUUACAGAACUAGACACACACACUCCUUCUCAUCCUACAGUCUCAGUCUUUCUGAUAGCGUUGAUCUCUGCUGCUGCUGCUGCUGGAUCUCUGUUGAUUGUUGCUGCAGUCGGGAUAUUUUGUAUGUGCAGGAAAUGUAGAAAAACGUAUCAAGAAGGCAAGUGCUUGACAGUUAUCUAUAAAAUGACACUGACUUCAGUC